CAAAGGCCAGAGCUUCUUCUCUUUAUCUUCUUCCUACUUGGAAAAUUUUCUCCUGUCUUCCUCACAUCUCUGUCGCCGGCGCUUUCCUCCUUCAUUCUCAGAACCUUCUCUCCGGCGACUGGUUUUUGACUUUCUUUUCUCAAUCAACCGUUCUUUCCAUUUGCGUCUUCUGGUGUAUAAGAUACUUAGCUAAAUUCUUGUUUCGAAUUUCAAGAUACCCACCGGAUUUGCACUCGUCGCCGCCGGGAGACAGGACGGAGAGAAUAAGCUGCCGAUGAACCCGAAUCAGCCGCAAGCGCCGGCGGCGGACCGGACCCGUCAGCGGCGCAGACCCGACUUGACCCUCCCUCUACCCCAGCGCGACCCGAGAUUAGCCGUCCCUCUGCCGCUCCCACCCACCUCCGCACCUUCCUCCGCAUCUUCAGCUCAGUCCCGUUCUUCCCUCCCGGCGACGGCGCCCCUCAAUUUCUCCGAGCUGGAGCGGAUCAACCGGGUGGGGAGUGGGAUCGGCGGGACGGUGUACAAGGUCCUCCACCGGCCCAGCGGCAGGAUUUAUGCUCUGAAGGUGAUCCACGGCCACCACGAGGACGCCGUCCGCCUCCAGAUGUGCCGGGAGAUCGAGAUCCUCCGGGACGUCAACGACCCCAACAUCGUCAAGUGUCACGACAUGUCCGAUCACGACGGCGAAAUCCAGGUCCUCCUGGAGUUCAUGGACAAGGGCUCCCUCGAGGGGACCCACAUCUCCAACGAACCCAUGCUCGCCCAUCUCACCCGUCAGAUUCUCUCCGGCCUCGAUUACCUCCACCGCCGGAAAAUCGUUCACCGGGACAUCAAGCCAUCCAAUCUGCUCACCAAUUCCCAGCGCGUGGUGAAGAUAGCCGAUUUCGGGGUCUCCAGAAUCCUAGCGGCCACCAUGGACUGCAACUCCUCCGUCGGCACCAUCGCCUACAUGAGCCCGGAGAGGAUCAACUCCGAUCUGAACCAUGGGCAAUACAACGGGUUCGCCGGAGACAUCUGGAGCCUCGGCGUCAGCAUCUUGGAGUUUUACCUGGGCAGAUUCCCUUUCAACGGCGGGAGGCAGGGGGACUGGGCCACCUUGAUGUGCGCCAUUUGUAUGUCGGACCCGCCGGAGGCGCCGCCGACUGCUUCACAGGAGUUCAAGAACUUCAUCGACUGCUGUCUGCAGAGGGACCCUUCGCGGCGGUGGACGGCGGCGAAGCUGCUCCGCCACCCAUUCAUCCUGCAGCACUGUUCCGGGACAGGGAACAACAAUCUCAGCAGCAUUCCCAGCCAGGUUCAUCAGACCUACCAGUUGCUGCCUCCUCCCCGUCCCCAUUUCUCUUCCUGAUCUCAAGAAAUUUUCCACUUCUGUCUCUUCAAGAAUUCUUGUUUUCAUUUCUGUACUAUAUUUCUUUCUUCUUUUUCCGGAAAUUAAAUGAUUAUUAGGCCAUUUAAUGGUUAUUGGAGAUUUGGGUAAUCACAGAUUUAUGUUAAGAUCGAAAUUUCCAUUCCCAAUCAAUCAUUCAAUCGACAUUUCUCCAUUGUUGUCAUCAUCAUAUGGCCCAAAGAAGGAAACUGGGAAAAUCAGUGUUUCAAGCUUACCCCCAUCUUCUUUAGGGUAAAUUUCUGUUUUAAAAAUUGAAUCUUUACCAUUUAUGAACUGUUCUUUUCCUGUAUCU